AUGGGGAAUAAUACUUCAAUACCAAACAAUGUCAAAAGGAAAUCAUCAAUGUCUAAAAGAUCAAAAGAUCAGACAAAAUCAAUAGGAAAUCAUGUAAAUAAACAACAAAAAAAUAACAGUAAUACAGCAGCUACUCAAAAUUUAACAAUUCCUGUUAAUACAGAAAAUGGUUAUCCACUUCCAUAUAAACCCAAAGCUAUAGUAUCACCAAAUAUUUUCUAUGAAAAUACUGCAGAUACUGAUUAUUUCAAUAAUAUUGAUCAUAAUAUUGAUUCAAGAUUAAAUUCUACAACUUCAAAUUCUGCAGCAUCAGGUUCAAAUAAUAUUCAUAAUAAUGGUGAUAUUAUGAGUGGUGGAUCAUAUGAAGAUGAUGAUUAUGAUAUUGAUGAAGAUUUAAUUAAUAAAACUUCUAAGAAUUUAACUCAUAGUGAAUAUACUGAUAUGAAAAAUGUUUUAAUCAAAUUUGUUAAUUAUGAUGAAAAUUUAUCUCAAAAUCAUGAUGCUGGUCAUUAUGAAGAUAUAAAUGAAAAAGAUAAAAUUAAUCAAAUUGAAGAAGAUCAAGUAUUUAUUAUUGGGAAUUUUAAUGAAUGGUCUAAAAAAAUUAAACUACAUAAAGAUCCAAAUGAUGGAAUUUAUAAAAUUUUCAUUGGAUUACCAUUCGGUAUUUAUAAAGUUAAAUUUCUGGUUAAUGAUGAUGUAAGAUAUAGUGAAAACUUACCAAUUGCUACUGAUAAAUCUGGGAAUGUUGUUAAUUGGUUUGAAGUUGAUGAAAAUGAUUCUAAUGUUUUCGAAGCUGGUAUAAUUGAACAAGAUAAAAUUAUUAGUAAUAAAAAUAAAUCAACAGCUUCAUUCCAUCAUAAUCAUCAUUCACAUAAUCAAGAUCAUACAAACUCUCAACUAUCUAUAUCUGAAUAUCAACAAUCCACAGGAGAAUAUUCACAAGAGAUUCCUGUGAUGUUUCAUCAAAGUGAUGAAAUAUUACCAGUUGAUGAAGAAUUUUUAAGAAGAAAUCCAAUACCUGAAUUACCAAUUUAUUUAAAUAAUAACGUCUUGAAUAAUCAUUUCAACAAACAUCAUAAUUCAAACUUACAAGAUGUUCAAUUACAGAAAAAUAAGAAUAAUAUAAUAUCAUCAGGUUUAAAUUCACAUAUUAUACCUCAUGUUAAUUUAAAUCAUUUAUUAACUUCAAAUAUUAAGAAUAAUGUCUUGAGUGUUGCUUGUACAACACGUUAUUCAGGGAAAUUCAUUACACAAAUCAUGUAUUCACCAAGUGGGAAUGAAUAG